CGGUCUUGAGAUAAAGUGUGAAACCCUGUAAAACUAAUCAAAACAAGAUUAUCAUCUGUUCGCGGGCAACAAUACACUUUUAGCACUAAAAUCUUCACAGAGUGAGAGAAAGAAAAAAACAAACGGUCCGAGGCCCCGGAAGCUGGAGCCGGAUCCGAUCGCUCCCACCAGCUGGUCCAGAGAAGAAGAAAAAGAAGCGCGGUCUUGGUAGGUCAGAUCAGUGCAGUGCGUGGCACACAAACUCGGCCAGUAGCUGUGCGUGUCCAUUUGCCACGGAUUGUACCUCGAGCUCACGCUACUGUCCCAACGACUGAUAGCAGAGCAAGUAAAAACCGACGUGGGAGGACGAACGAUAACACACAGAACGCACAAAAACCGUCGCUCCACUUCCGUCCCGGAGAGACCGCCCACCACACACUCCUUCCCUCACCCCGAUGACGAUCUACAAUUUGUACAUCUUCGACAAACUUGGCACCCUGUUGUACUACGGCGAAUGGAACCGGCUGAAGCAAUCGGGCAUCACCAAAGAUGAGGAAGCGAAGCUGAUGUACGGCAUGCUGUUCUCGAUCAAAUCGUUCGUCAGCAAAGUGUCGCCGGUGGAGCCGAGGGAGGGCUUCCUCUACUACAAAACGAACAAGUACGCGUUGCACUACCUGGAGGUGCCGUCCGGGCUGAAGUUUGUCCUCAACACGGACAACACGUCGACCGGCAUCCGGGAGUUUCUACAGAACGUGUACACGAAGAUAUGGGUUGAGUAUGUCGUCCGGAACCCGCUUUGGACGCUCGGUACACCCGUCACGUCCGACAUCUUUAAGGCAAAGCUGGACGAGUUCGUGAAACAGUCGCCCCUGUACGGUUCCAAAAUCAUCUAACCGCUCGUGCCGUGUACACAGAGAGGACAUGUCCUCCCGGCCACCCAAUCGAUUCCGCAAAAAAAAACAUCUCACCCAUCCCCCCAUUUAGUAAACUUUCCGCUGCUUCCGGUACUCGGUCAGCCACUUCUGUAUGUUCUGCACGUGGACGGCACGGGCCCGCGUCACGGAUGCCGGAUCGGCCGGAUUGGACGCGCGCAGAUCGAGAUGGUGGGCUCCCUCGGGGAUGAGCACGAUCUUGACGUUCUCGUUGCUCGAGCGCAGCACGCCACCGCCGGACCACGGAUCCAGCAGCCCGUUGCUGAAGACGAUGUUCGUAAUGCUCGCACUGUGCAAAAAAAAACAAUCAAACAAACCAAACCACGGACAGAAAAUGAUUAUUAACGUUUCUGGCUGUUAAAAAAAAACAACACUAAAUGCUAUAGCAAAUGUAAAGUGUAAGCUCAAAAGUAGCGAAAAUGAUGCGAUUGAAACCCCCCGGAUUUGUGUUUUAAACAGACGCUAAUCGAUUAAAGAACGUUACGCAGACACACUGGCCGCAA